AUGGCGUCUAAGCAGCUUGGGAAAUUACGACAAUGGGCUGGAGAGAAGAUUGCGUCGGAGAAGAAGACCAUCGCAACAGAAGAGUUCAAAGAAGUUGAAAUCGAGGUUGAACGACGGCGUAUUGGCCUGGAUGUAAUCUAUGAAAACUCCAGAUCCUACUACAAUUACCUCACGAAGAAGCGAGAGGUCAAUGAUCCCGAUCAGAAACUCUCGGCAAUGGAGGCUAUGGGACGGGUAAUGGUCUCGCAUGGCGAAGAAUUUGGCCCCGACAGUGCAUAUGGACAUGGCCUAUCCGCAUUGGGAAAUGCCCAUAUCAAGGUUGCUGCGCAGCAAGACGAGUUUGCAGAUGCGUUUAAUAGCCUAUACCUCACGCGCCUGGAAUCAUCUAUCGAAGAGAUUGCCCUUUUCUAUGCUCUACGAAAGAAACUCAAGUCUCGAAGGCUAGCAUAUGAUGCUGCAGUUUCACAGUCUCAGAAGCAGUUCAAACGUGAGAAGGAAAAAGCAGAUGCCGAGGAGGAGGUCGCCAAGGCUCGAGCACGAUUCGAAGAAAUGUCUGAAGAAGUUCGAGCGCAAGUAGAGCGUAUACAGGAUGGAGAGAUGGAUCAGUUCCGUGAUCUCGGUCGCCUGCUCAAUUUGGAAUACAAGUUUGUGGAGGGCUGGCUGAACCAACUGAAAGAGAUCAAAGCAGAUUGGCCAAACGACUCAGAUGUGUACCGGAUUGCUGCUCCUCAAUCGCAAGGUCCGACACACAUUCUUCAGCCCGCCUCGUCGUCCAAAUCUGCCCGCGAGGAAGAAACUGUCUCCGACUCCUCUGGUCCUCCUCAGCGGCCUGCACAACACCAAAGGACCACUAGCGUUGCGACAACGAACAGUCAAGGGAGGAAAUCCUCCAUGUCGACUUGGGCCUCCGCUGCUGUCGGGUCGCUUCUCCGUAAAGAGAAGAGCAGCAAUUUUGAAGAAUUGAACGAUGAUGACAAGAAACAAGAGGAUACGGCGCAUGGAAAGAAUGAUCAAUCCGCGCCGACGCUCAAGAGGACAAAGUCUGGACGCGUAGUACCACCACCACCACGUUCGAGGGCCCAGAGCACAAUGUCAGAGGCGCUCUCCUCAAAGCAUAACUCUCCUCGACUUCCCUUGCGAAGCCUACCACCUGAGAAACCAACAGCACUCAAGACUCGGCGUGCUUUAUACGCUUUCUCUGGGGCAAAUGAUGAACUUAAUCUAGAAGUCGGCGACGAGAUCACGGUCAUUUCGGAGCCUUCAGGAGACCUGGUGGAUGGGGGAAUGCAAGGGAAAACGCGUAAACCGGGGCCUCCAGAUCCCCCAGCUCCCAGAUCUCGACCCAACUCGAUCAGCGUGGCAAGGAAUUUGUCCCCGGACUGGACGGAUGAGCCCUUUGGUGACCAUCAUUCGGCCCAAACUCCGGCCCAUAGCCCAGACUACCGACAAACGACGUUCAAUCGCGAUGAGUCGGACGACGAAGGGGAACGACUCCUGUCGAAUCGGGAGACCAGUGACCAACAAACUCGUGAGGACGCCGGGACGAGAAAUGCAUCCAAGUCGUCUCCAGGAACAGCUGUGAGGCAGCUACGCCGAAGUCUGAGCGGCAAAAAGGCCGCCCCACCUCCUCCACCUUCGCGUCGCUCCAAUUCUGCCUCUGUUGCGAGGCUUCCCUCGAGUGAUAGUCCUGGUGGAUCACCCUUCCUCUUGCCCACAAAUCCUACCUCUCAAUGGGAGCCUUCGACGUCCAAUGCAGCUCACGGAAGGGAAUACUCGGAUUCAAAGUCUCCAUUCGAAGAAGGAGAUAGCACGUCGUUCAAUAACUUCUCCCUCACGACAAAGUGCCGCACCUGUAGCUGUGAGGACUUUCAGCAGAACAGGUUCAAGAAGGACGGAUACUGCAAUACCUGUUUCCAUUCUCAUAUCUAG